AUGAGCCCCGUUGCAGAUACCAGUGAAGCUCCGUCACAGCGGAAGAUGGCAGAACAUAGUGUCGAAAACGGGAGCAAUGGGAGCUUCAAAGCUGAGGAACAAUCGUCACCUCAUUAUGUCGAGGGGACACACAGUCGACUAGAUAAUCCUGUGGAACAUUCCAACGGCGAGGAACGCCCAAUCAAUGGACACGAUGGCACAAAUGGGCAAUGGAAACACGGUACUCCUUCGGAACGCCACCAUACGAACGGAGGACAUAAAACGUCGGACUUGGAUUCGGAGCAAGGGCUCGGCAUCAUAGUCGAGCAUUCACCAAACGACGCGGAUCAUACUGGUCGGUUGUCUGUGGUGGAUGUGUACGAUGGCCCCAAGGUCAAAGCUGCUUUGGCUGAGUUGGCUGGUGAUCUGUCGCACCAGAUAUCAGAGGACAAAGAGAAGGUCAUGAAAUUGUCUCCUGAAAAGAUCCAGGCCCUCACGUCCUCGCCAGAGUCAAUACCCUAUCGUCCCGUGGGACCAGAAACGAACGAUGGGAGGCGAGUAGUUUCGGACAAUGUCCAUGGGAAUGCUUCCGCCUCACAACCGGAGGUACCGGAGCUCGUGCUUCAGUCACUGGGCGAAAAAUCACCACCCGCCAAUGUUUUACCAAAGUUACGGCCCACUAAAGAAGUGUUGCUGGGAGAUGCUUCUGCACCGGAGAGCCCUGCCUUCCCACGGAAUACUCAAAACCCCUCCUUCCGCAAUCGGCCGCAGCCAGCACGAACUGUUUCGACCCCUGGCGCCACGCGGCGUCAAUUGCCCUCUACCCCAAGUAAUGAUCGCCUAACCCAGACAUGGGCAUCGCGCUCGAAACAGGAUCGACCCGCGCUGGAUCGCGAGUUUAAGAGCCACCUUAUUGCCUCACCUCAGAUUGUAGAAUCAGCCAUGCCAUCACCCUUGCCAUCAUCUAUCCCUUUGCCACCAGUUUCUCUACCAACCUAUCUUCAGCUUGAGCUUGCUUCUGGCCGACCUUCGCCGCUGUACAUACACCGUGAUGCAGCAAGCGACUUCCCCUAUGAAUCCUCACGAGUUAAGAUCGAGAGACUUAUGAACUUCAUUAUGCUUGCACCUAUGCUUGAGCAGGUACUUUGCUUUGGGAGUCUUGCUUGCCUUGAUGCAUGGCUUUACUCUUUCACAAUAAUGCCACUGCGGUUCAUCAAGGCCGUCUAUAUUCUGGGCGAGUCAUGGGUGAUGAACCUGGGAGCUGAGAUCCGUUUCAUUUGGAAAUUCGUGCUGAACGGGAUUGGUCGAGUUUGGCGCAGGAGGAAUCAUAAUUUGAAGGAGGAUCAGGGUGGAAGACGCGAAAGCGAAUCUGACGCUACUCCUCACCUGCCUCCGGGUUCCUCUAUAGGGCCAGACAUAGCACCAACAGAUAGAGACCAAAGACAGUCGCACGCAGAAGCACCAAGAAGGAAACAUCGGUCCUCCGAAUCCCGCAAGUAUCACCAUCGGCGGAAGAAGUCAAUGCCCUCGGCGCUCCUUCCAGAUGACAAAGCGGACAUUCUGACAGGCCUAUUGAUGAUAGCCACCUGCUGUGUUUUGAUGUACUUCGAUGCAAGUCGAAUGUAUCACUGGAUUCGUGGACAGGCUGCUAUCAAGUUAUAUGUUAUCUACAAUGUGUUAGAGGUCAGCGACAGGCUCUUGGCUGCUAUAGGUCAAGAUGUCCUCGAGUGUCUCUUCUCGCGGGAAGCUCUUGAGCGUCGCCCGGAUGGCCGUAGCAAGAUCAUUCGUCCAUUCUGGUUGUUCCUGGUGGCCCUGGUCUACACAGUGUCACAUGCCUUGUCUCUGUUCUACCAGGUCAUGACUCUGAAUGUGGCAGUGAACUCAUACUCCAACGCAUUGAUUACAUUGCUUCUGUCGAAUCAGUUUGUCGAGAUUAAAUCCACCGUUUUCCGCAAGUUCGAGAAAGAGAAUCUCUUCCAGCUUACCUGUGCGGACGUCGUGGAACGAUUCCAGCUAUGGCUGAUGCUCACUAUCAUCGCUUCGCGUAACAUCGUGGAAACAGGCGCAUUCAAUUUCGUCGGCAACCUCGGGCUGGGAUCUAGCUUCCCAGGCCAGUCCUCCACAAUCACCAACAGCACGCCACUGUCCACGCCUCCACGCACUGCAUCCUCCAUCCUACCUCAAGCAUUCACCCUCUUCCCAUCAUCAAUCCUAUCAUCCUUCAACAGCGUCAACUCCUUCAUCCCGACCUUAGCCCAAGUCCUAGGCCCGUUCCUAGUCGUCCUAGGCUCCGAGAUGCUAGUAGACUGGCUCAAGCACGCCUACAUCAACAAAUUCAACAACAACCGCCCAGCCAUCUACAGCCGCUUCCUCGACGUGCUAGCCAAGGAUUACUACACCAACGCCUUCGGCGAACAAAACCUAACCCGCCGCAUCGGCCUCCCAGUCAUCCCUCUCUCUUGCCUCUUCUUCCGCGUCUCCGUGCAAACCUACCAAAUGUUCCUAGCCGCCCUCCUCCCCCAACACCCCUCCUCCACAGCGAACGGCGCAACCUCCCUAACCUCCAUCCACAACAAUUACGGCCCCUCCCCGAUCCCCUCAGCCCCACCCUUAACAUUCGCAACCCUCCUCCCGGCCUCCGCCGCCCACGUCAGCGCGUUCUUCCGCACCCUCCUCGAAAACGCCAUCCCGUCUCCAGCCCAGUCUGUCCAUAUAUUCACCGGCAUCCUGCUCCUGACUGGGUUCAUCGUGUUGCUCAUCCUGAAACUUCUGCUUGGCAUGGUUCUGCUCGCGUUUGCGCGCUCCCGGUACAGGAAGAUGAAGGGUCGGGAGAACGAGGGUAGACAGGCGAAUAACCAGUCCGGUACUGAGAGUGGGGCGCCUCGAUCUCGUGAUUUCGAUGUUGAGGGUAGUCAGCGCGUUGGUGGGUGGGGUGUUGUGGAGGUUGGGGAUGAGAAGCGGAGGUUGAUCUAUGCGGAUGAUCCGGAUGGGUUGCGGCGGUUGAAGGAGAAGGAGGAGAAGGAUAAGAGUAAGGAUGGGGAGUUUAACGUUGAUCAUGUGCAGCGGUAUGAGAUGAUUGCUAAGAAGAUUUGGUGA